UAUUGACGAGAUGCAGGCGGAGCGGAUUGGACACGGUUACCACGUGCUGGAGGACGAGGAGCUGUACCGGCGCUGCGUUAGCCAGGGCGUCCACUUCGAGUGCUGCCCCUCGUCGAGCUUCCUGACCGGCGCUGUGCCGCUCACCGAGACCCGGCACCCCGUGCAGAGGUUCUGCCAGGACGGUGCCAGCUUCUCGGCCAACCUGGACGACCCGGCCAUCACGCAGAGAAGCCUGGAGGACGAGUACGCCCUUCUGAGGCGCAUGGGCUUCAACGACGCCAACAUCGCCACCAUGAACUUCAACGCGGCGAAAGCCUGCUUUCUGCCAGAGGAGGAAAAGCGAGAUCUGCUGCAGAAACUACGUCAGGCCUACGGUGUGCCUGACUGCGACUGACAGACUACCGUCGUGCCUGACUGCGACUGAGAGAGUGCCGUUCGCUGGCAGGCGCUACACAUGUACCAAUGCUACUCGCAGACCAAUACAGAU